GCGUAGCCUGGCGGAAUACAGCUGGGAAAGGAAACAUUUCGGUUAGGAGAGCGAGUGGUAAGGGGGAAGCGGAGUAACCGGUCGUUCGGAUACUCGCUGAUGUAAGGUAAUGUAAAGUAAUGGUGGCCGGUUGGCGUUGAGCUCAGAUGGCGGUGUGUGCCAGGUUAUGCGGGGUGGGACAGUCGCGGAGGUGCAGGCGGAGACAGAGACACGGCCAGCGCGAGCAGGAGAGCGACUCUGAGCUGGACAUGGACGAGGAAGAGGAGGAAGAGAAGAUCGUGGGUAAAGGCAAAGCGCGUGUCCUCAGCAGCGGUCCUAAAGGCCGUGGCGCAGUGUGCGGAGACGCUCCGGCCAGCCGUAGUACCGCGGGCUCUGAGGAUGAAGAAGGAGGAGGAGGAGGAGGAGACACGGCCUGUGCUGCAGCAGCGCCUCCUCAGCCGCGAUCUCUCCUGGAUUUACCCCCAGAGCUGCUGGUGGAGAUCUUCUCUUCUCUGCCCGGCACGGCGCUGCCCAGCCUGGCCCUGGUGUGCAAGAAAUUCAGACAGAUCCUCAGCACGGAGACGAUAUGGAGAAGACGCUGUGCAGAAGAGUUUGGCAUGAAGGAUGACUUGAGGAAGCUGGAGGUGGCGGGGAUGUCCAGUCGGGAACUUUAUGUCAAACGGGUGAACCCUAGGGUGAAGUCGGGGCGUUUUAUGAAGCUCCUGCCCGACUAUGAGCACAUGGACUACCGGGACGUGUACACACACCUGCUCUAUCCAUACCGAUACAUUUUGGGUCUCUGGCAGCCAGACAUAGGCCCCUAUGGAGGUCUGCUAAACGUAGUGGUGGAUGGAUUGUUUAUCAUUGGCUGGAUGUAUCUACCGCCCCAUGAUCCGCGCGUAGAAGAUCCCAUGCGGCGACGGCCCCUUUUCCGCAUCCAUAUGUGGGAGCGUAACAAAGCCACUGUGGAGUGUAUGUACGGCCACAAGGGACCUCACAAAGGGGACAUUCAGACAGUGAAAAAAGAUGAGUUCUCGACCAAGUGCAACCAAACAGAUCACCAUCGAAUGGCAGGGGGAAGACAAGAGGAGUUCCGCACAUGGUUGGAGGAGGAAUGGGGACGGACGCUAGAGGAUAUUUUUCAUGAGCACAUGCAGGAGUUGAUUCUUAUGAAGUUUAUCUACACCAGCCAAUAUGAUAAUUGCCUGACAUAUCGGCGGAUCUACUUGCCCCCGUGCCUCCCUUCAGACCUACUGCAGCCGGGCCUCUUUAAAGGCACAUACGGCAGCCAUGGCCUGGAGAUCAUAAUGCUGAGCUUCCAUGGCUCUCGGGCCAAAGCCACCAAACUUACAGGUGACCCUAAUGUACCAGCGGGUCAGCUGACCUUAGACAUAGACCUGAGUCGGCCAGUGCAGCUGCCUGACUUGGAGCACCAGCGAAACAUUGAGGAGCUUUCUCGCUUGGUGAUGGGGGUACAUGAAGAGAUUCAGAGGGGUGCCACAGGAAUCGUCCCCCCCCAAGAGGGUACUUCAGCGGCAGAGGGCUCUGAUGCUGCCUCUGGAUCUGGAGCUGAGGAUGCAGGGAGUGCUGGAGCUUCUAGCAGCCAGGAUGAAACUAAGCCCUUUGUCCUGCCUUUAGGGGUAAUGGCCCGUAAUGAGGUGUACCCACGUUCAUGUAAGAGAUGUUUCUAUGGAACAGGUCUGAUAGCUGGUCAUGGCUUCACGAGUCCCGAGCGCACCCCUGGCCUGUUUGUUCUUUUUGACGAUGACCGCUUCGGGUUCAUCUGGCUGGAGCUGAAGUCCUUUAGCCUGUACAGCCGCUUGACAGACAAGCUGAAACACGCUCAGGCCCCCAGCAUGGAGCGCUUUGAGGCCAUGCUUCGCAACAUGCAGUCCUGGACAUCCUGAUGGGCAGCCUUUUCAGCCCUGUUCCUUAUUUCAAACAUACUAAAAAGAAUCGGCAGUUCCAGACCUGCAGGGCCAUUGCCUAACUCAAAUUGUGCACUAAUAAGCAAUCCACCGACGAGUCAAGCUAGGUAUGUUACACAAAAGCGUGUAAUGAGAUCGGAACUGCCCAUUCCUGUGCUAUAUAUGCUGAAACCCAGAUUACAUUCUCAGCCCCUCACAUCCCCACACAACCUAAAGAAACCUCCCAGUAAUCUCAUUCAUGCACAAGAGAAACCUGCCACACAGGUAUGUUUGCAGCUGUAAGUUCAUAUAGGUUGUAUUAUACACUGAUGCUUUCUUAUCAUCUUUUUAAUUAAUUUAUUUUUGUAACCUGGAGCUGGUGAUGAGGCGACAUUUUACCCAUAUACUCGAGAACAAACUGAGUGUGCCUCUGCAUCAUUAGCAUUAGCAUUAUUUUUCCCAUGACUCGUCUUAAAAAAUUGUAGCUUUCCGUAGUGGUAAAAUUAUUUAAGUUAUAAGUGAAUUUAAAUUAUAAUAGCUUGUCGGCACAAGGAUGGGUUUUUAGCUGUUCGGUUGAUGGUACCUUUUAAUUGUGGUAUUACAAUGACUAUUGUUGUCUGAUUUUUUUUCUUUUUAAAAGUCUGCACUGCUGUUUUUUCUUUGCUUUUGAGGUUUUGCAUUCAUUUAAUUUAAAUAAUAUUAACAAAUAACUACCGUAGCCUGUGGUAAGCAUUUAAUUCAUAUUGAAGCCAAAAGCAAGCAGAUUUACAGCAUUUUCACUUAUACAAUUUGUAAUUGUUCAGGCCCAGUGUGUGUGGUGUCACACAUUUGUUUUUGUUUUUUUAGUUUUGCAUUAGAGCUAAAAGGCUACUAUAGCUUUCAAGAAGUGAGAUCAUUUUUUAUUCAUAUUCUUUUAUGAAAUGCCCUUACUAAAUGUACAUAUAUCUAAUCCUAUUGCCAAGUGUGCCAGUGUAUACUUGGGUAUUUUAUUUUUCCAAAAAACAAAACACUGUGAUUUUAUGGGGUUGAAAAUCUUGGACAAUCAAUAGUUGUUUUUUUUUGUUUGUUUUUUGUAUGAUUUUACCCCAAAGUUGAAAAGUUCUAGUGAAAAAAGCUGUAGGUUCUGUGAAUGACACUUAAGCAUUAUUUUCUAAUGCAAAGACUAAUUUAAAUAUGACAUUAUUUACAGUGCAUCUAAAAAAUUUAAUAUUGUAUAAAAGUUGCUUUAUAAAUUUUAAUUUAAAAAGUAAAACUCUUGUGUAGUUUAGAUUCAUCACAUGUCAAGUAAAAUAUUUCAAGCCUUUUGUUGUUUUAAUUCCAAUGAUUAUGACUUGCAGCUUAUGAAAACCAAGAAUCCAAUGUCUCAAAAUAUUUUAAAUAUUUCAUAUUAAGUAUCUCCAGGUCUAGUUCAGAACACACAUGGGGAAGACAGCUGACUUGACAGUUGGUGCAAGACAACUCCACAAGCAACAGCGAUAUCUGCAACCUUAAUAAAAUUGUCAGUCAAAGCCAAUUGCAGAACUUGGGACAGCUUCAUAAAAACGGGAAGUGGGCCAGGAGUCGGUGCAUAAAGAGCCAGGGGACUGUGGUGCAAUUGAGGCAUUUCUAGUAUUAAACCAUUUCUGAACCAAAGACAUCUUAAGUGUCUUACAUGGGCUGAGAAUAAAGGUCCUGGGCUGCUGCUCAGUGGUCCAAAGUUGGUGAUCAAGUCUGUGAGCUGUGCUCAGAUGUUAGAGCACGUUUUGCUUCUGUCUGGUGACAAGCUUUAUGGAGAUGCAGAUUUCCAUUUAUAGUGCCAAAACUAUCACCAACUGGUUUGCUGAACAUGAUAUUACUGAGCUUGAUUGACUAGACAACUCGCUUGACCCUAACCCCAUAGAGAAUUUGUGAUCAGCACAGUUUGUAAUUCACCAACACCUAAGCACACCCACUGAACCUAGUAAAUGACAGAUUAUUUAAAUCAGCUGUGUUUGAGAAGAAGAAUCACCAAACUGUGUUGGACACUGGCCCUACAGGACUGGAAUUGGAGACCCCUGGUCGAGAGGAACACCUGACCUAACAAUACAGAAAACAACUGUAGCAACCUGGUCUUCAAUAACGCCUCAGCCAUGCCACAGGCUGAUCACCUCAAUGCCAUGCAACAUUGAUGCAGUAAUUUUGGUAAAGAAGCCCCAACUUAGUAUUAAGUUCAUAAAUGAAGCCAAUUCUUCACUGUCUUUGAUUGAUCAUAGGAAUUCUAAUAUUUUAAGAUACUGGAUUUUUUUCACGGGCUAUGAGCCAUAAACAUCAACAUUAAAACAAAAAAAAUCCUUUAAAUAUUUCACUUAACGUGUAAUGAAUCUAGAAUACAUGAAGGUUUCAAUUUUUGAAUUGAAUUAUAAACAAAACUUUUCCAAAAUAUAAAAUUUUGCAGAUGUGCAGUGAUUUAACAAAGUAUUUUAAGCAAGUACAUGAAGAUUUGGUCAUAUAGGGUGUUUCUAAUACAAGUCAGAAUUACAUUAUUUAUUUAGCUACAUUAGCCUUGUAGCUCCAAUGCAAAGUAGAAUAUAACACACGUGAACAUAUUUUGGCUGGUAACUGAGCUGCUUUUUGGGUAGAUGGAACUGUAAAUUUAAUUUAUUGAGGAAAUAUUUGUUUAUUUCAUUGUAAGUAUAUGAACUUUGUGCUGGAUUCAUAAAAUCAACAGCAUUUUAAUCGUAAGUCGGUAAUAAACCUGCACCUUUGGGAUCUGGCUUAUCUGAAUGCAGCCGAUUAGGUUUUAUGGUAGCACUGUCUGGUUUUCUAUUUGGCACAUCUAAUGGAAAGCAUUUAACCUCGGUAAUGUAAUCUAAAGAUUUAAGCAGCUACUGUAUGAACGUGUAUUGUAAACAAUGUGCAUGCACUAAUGUACUAAUGCAUUUCUUUUACGUGGGUGAAUUUACUCAAUUGGCAAACUGAGGGUGUUUCCUUAAUUUUAUUUCUUUUUAUCUCAGGUGCCACACUGAAGUAUGUAACCCCUUAAAUAAUAUAUCUAAAAUACAUAAAAAUGUCAUACUAACUUAAACCAUAUACUGCAAGUAGUGAAUGUUUUAAUUGUAGUCUUCUGAAGUUAGGUUUGUUCUGUCAGGAAAUGAAAUGUGUUAUUGAAAAUUAGAAAUGCGCAUUUGUAUGGCGGAUUGGGCUUGCCUUAGCUUCCAUUAAUCAAAAAUUCAGCCCUUGUCCUGCCUUCAGUGGAUUCAGUCGGAAGAUCCAGAGAUUGAAGGUGGUCUGAGUGACUGACUGGUGCCACUUUCCUAUAUCUAGUCAGAAGAUUUGUUUAUGAUCUUUAAUAACAUCUAUAUUGGCAUGCUUUAUAACGUUAUAUAUUGGAGCAUGGGAGAUCUCCAAGGUAUUUUUUCUCCAGCAGACUUUAUUAACGCUUCCGUGUGUUUUAAUGAGGUUUGAUCACAAAGCUGUGCAGCAACUCCCCUCAAAGUGCUCUUUCCUAGACAGCAAAGGCAUUGACCACAGACUAAAUCUGUGUGUGUACUUUUGUAUUCAACUGCAAAAAAAUAAUAAUUAUAAUAUAAAAGAAACUAUAUGUAAAGUGGAUAAAAGUAUUUAAUUAAUAUAUUUCAACUUUGUUUUUGGGUCAUUGUAAACAUAACUGCAUAUGUUAAGCAUACCACCUGUUUGUUGUGUGACCACCACAACUGUUUCAAGUCGAGUAUAUUCAUCAAAUUAAUUUUCAGAGAAACAAAUGUCUCAUGUAAACAUCACAUGACUUCAGGGAGCUUUGAAGCUUAUAUGUUCAUCUCUUCCCAAUAAAUUAGAGUAAAAUGU